CUGGUCUGGGGCUGCAACCUCACACUUAAAAUGCUUAAAGAAGGUACAACACAGAUUCCUUAAACGUCUGGCAGGUCAAACUAGAGGCACCGAUACAGUUAUGACUUCAAUUUUAUCUUCAGAUCACCAACAUUUUUCAAUGUCCCAACACUAGAAUCGAUUGGAUCUCACUUUCUGAGGACCAUAAUGACUGACGAGAUUGAUUCCUCAUACCUGUUGGGCUGCUUUGGACACCAUGUGUCACAGCGAACAAGCAGUGUCCUCAAGAUUUAACGGUUAGAUAUUGCACAUUUUGUCAAAUUUGCUUUAAUUUCUUCCAUGUCCUUAGUGCACUUUUAGUUAUCUUUUUCCAUAAGGUUUGGGAAAUUUUGAAAUAAUGCACAUCUGUGUUUUAUUAUACUCAUUUGGUAUAUUUAUAUGAAGAAUUUGUGUUUUUUUUUUUUGGUGUAUGAUUUUGCCUAUUAAUGGGCUUCUGCCUGUUAGCAAAACUGUAUAAACAUACAAAUAAAUAAAAGUUUCCACUACAAUGGAUGACAGAGAGUGUAGCCUGCAUGAGUAACAAAUCAAAUCUGGAGUCAGGGAUGGACUCAUGGUAGAGGAUUACAACAGCGGGAAUUUCUAUCAAUUUUGUGCUUGGUCUUGUGUAAUUGUGUCUAACUUACAUGGGUCCAAAAUAAUGUCCACAUCUAUUAUUAUUCAUUUCUGUCAUUAAAAAAAACCCCAAACAACUAGUUGUGUUUCCAUCACACAUAUGCACAAAACUUUAUCAAUUGUUAUCGUUCGCCUGGGGCCCCCAAACUGUUUUGUACGCCCCUGUUUGGAGUAAAUCUCUCCUGAGACUAAAGUUCAGAGUGAUGUCAGAACCACGGCACUGUACCUAAUGUGAACAUAACUUGUUGAAAUGUAUUUUCCUGCUGUUUUAGGAAUAUGUCAUCUCUGCUCUCAUAGUGGCACAGACUGGCACCUCCAGCCUCUCACGUGCGUUUUGCGCUGCGCCGCAUGGCUGUGAUUCCCCGCCGCAGCUUCAUGGAGACGACGUGUUUGUAAAAUCACACCGCUGCUGUCAAGGAGCCUCUUUUUUCCCCCUCUCUGUUGCCCUUUCCAACAAUUAGUAACGCUCACAGCAGCUCCCUCCUCCAGUUAUUGGAUCAGGAAGAAUGGACGCAGCUCCCACACUCUUGUUCCUGCUGUGCGGACUUUCUCUGGAGGCUGACUGGGAGCUCCAGGGCUCUCCUGUUUCUCCAGCCGAGGAUGCUAUCGAUUACAAGGAUCCCUGCAAAGCUGCUGCCUUUCUGGGAGAUAUCGCUUUGGAUGAAGAGGAUGUGCGGAUAUUCCAGAACGCCCUCAGCAGCAAUAAAGCACAACAUGCUGACACAAACUCAGCCACCCCCAGUCAGGACGGUCAAACAUCUCCAGACGGUAAAAGCCAGCGCCGCCGUCGCAGAGCAGCCACUUCCAGGCCUGAGCGAGUGUGGCCCAACGGCAUCAUCCCUUAUAUGAUCAGCGGCAAUUUCAGUGGCAGCCAGCGAGCCAUUUUCCGCCAAGCGAUGCGACACUGGGAGAAACACACAUGUGUGACAUUUAUAGAGAGGACAACAGAGGAGAGCUACAUCGUUUUCACCUACAGACCAUGUGGGUGUUGCUCCUACGUUGGGAGGAGAGGUGGAGGCCCUCAGGCCAUCUCCAUCGGGAAGAACUGCGAUAAGUUUGGCAUCGUGGUCCAUGAACUCGGCCACGUGAUCGGCUUCUGGCACGAGCACACUCGCCCCGAUCGUGACGAGCAUGUAAGCAUCGUCAGAGACAACAUCCAAGCAGGACAGGAGUAUAACUUCCUGAAGAUGGAACCAGAUGAGGUCGACUCACUGGGAGAGGUGUACGACUUUGGCAGCAUCAUGCAUUACGCAAGAAACACAUUUUCCAGAGGAAUCUUUUUGGACACAAUCUUACCCCGUUACGAUGUCAACGGAGUCAGGCCAGCUAUUGGACAGAGGACCAAACUUAGCAAAGGGGACAUCACACAAGCCUGCAAACUCUACAAAUGUGCAAAAUGUGGGGACAGCCUGCAGGAGAGCACAGGAAACUUCUCCUCUCCUGGUUUCCCCAUCGGGUAUUCGGCGUACUCUCACUGUGUUUGGAGGAUCUCUGUCACUCCGGGAGAAAAGAUUGUUCUAAACUUCACCUCCAUGGAUCUGUUCAGGAGUCAUCUGUGCUGGUACGACUACGUGGAGGUCCGAGACGGGUUCUGGAGGAAAGCUCCUCUGAGAGGUUUGUUUUUAUACCCGUGUUACAUAAUCAGAGCUUUGAUGAGCCAGCUGAUAGGAAGCGCCGUUAUCUCCUCACGGGUUUUUGCAGGUCGUUUUUGUGGAGACUCACUGCCAGAUGCAAUCGUGUCCACUGACAGUCGACUGUGGGUGGAGUUCAGAAGCAGCAGCAGUUGGGUGGGAAAAGGCUUCUCAGCUGUUUAUGAAGCUAUUUGUGGGGGAAAAGUGGAACGAGAUCAAGGUCAGAUUCAGUCUCCCAACUAUCCAGACGACUACCAGUCCAACAAAAUGUGUGUGUGGAGGAUUACUGUACCAGAAAGUUUUAAUGUCGGCCUCUCCUUUCAGUCCUUUGAGACUGAAAAACACGACAGCUGUGCCUACGACUAUGUGGAGGUGAGGGAUGGCGGUUCAGAGAGCGACCCGCUGCUGGGACGAUUCUGCGGCUACGACAAGCCGGAAGACCUGAAAAGCAGCUCCAACAAGCUCUGGCUCAAGUUUGUGUCUGAUGGAUCGGUCAAUAAAGCUGGGUUUGCUGCGAGCUUCUUUAAAGAGAUGGAUGAAUGCUCCAGGCCUGACAGAGGCCACUGCGAGCAGCGCUGCGUGAACUCUCUGGGCAGCUACAGAUGCGCCUGUGACCCUGGAUAUGAGCUGGCGGCGGACAGACGAAGCUGUGAGACAGCUGCCUGCGGUGGCUUCAUCACCAGUCUGAACGGCUCCCUCAACACCCCCGGCUGGCCCGGAGAUUACCCACCCAACAAGAACUGCGUCUGGCAACUAGUGGCCCCCACUCAGUACCGCAUCACUCUACUCUUUGAUGGUUUUGAAACUGAAGGCAAUGACGUUUGCAAGUACGACUUUGUGGAAGUUCGCAGCGGGAUGAGCCCUGACUCACAACUUCACGGGAGGUUCUGUGGUGCGGAGAAACCCGACGCCAUCACGUCCCUGCACAACAACUUGAGGAUCGAGUUCAAGUCAGACAACACUGUGUCCAAGAAGGGCUUUAAGGCACACUUUUUUUCUGAUAUUGACGAAUGCUCCAAAGCUAACGGAGGCUGCCAGCAUGAAUGUGUCAACACCUUUGGAAGCUACACCUGUCAGUGUCGCAGCGGCUUCAUGCUGCAUGACAACAAACGGGACUGCAAGGAAGCGGGAUGUGAUCAUGUUGUUAGCAGCGUAUCUGGCACAAUCAGCAGCCCCAACUGGCCCGACAGAUAUCCCAGUAAGAAGGCCUGCACGUGGUCACUGUCCACCACCCCGGGCCAUCGAAUCAAAAUUGUUUUCAACGAGGUCGACAUGGAGACUCAUCUGGAGUGUGCUUACGACCACUUGGAGAUCUUUGACGGGAAAGAUGAUCGCACGCCGACACUCGGACGCUUCUGUGGCACAAAAAAACCUUCCCCAGUCGUGUCCAGCAGCAACAAAAUGUUCCUGCGCUUUUUGUCUGACAACUCGGUUCAAAAGAGGGGAUUUGAAGCAUCAUAUAGGGCAGAAUGUGGAGGAAGUUUAAAGGCUGAAGUCGAGACAAAAGAUCUGUACUCUCAUGCACAGUUUGGAGAUAACAAUUACCCCGGAGGCUCCGACUGCCUCUGGGUGAUCACUGCUGAGAAGGGCUACGGAGUGGAGUUGAUCUUCCAAGUGUUCGAGAUCGAGGAAGAGGCGGACUGCGGCUACGACUACGUGGAGUUGUACGACGGCGCAGAUGUCAAAUGUCCACGGCUGGGACGAUAUUGUGGAUCUGGGGCUCCAGAGGACGUUUACUCAGCUGGAGACGCCAUUGUUUUAAAGUUUCACUCUGACGACAGCAUCAGUAGGAAAGGCUUUCACGCACGUUACACCAGCACAAAAUUCCAGGAUACUUUACAUGCGAGCAAGUGACCCUCUGAUCCAAAAUGGAGACUCGAAGCCUAGAAUUUGGUGGGACACACCCAUCUCCAGGCAGAGAGUAAAUGCAUGGGUUGACACCACAAAUACCGACCUACAUUCUUUGCAUGUGUUAGACUGAGGGAGAGGUUGCAGAAAAAUCACAUCUGUAUUUCUCUUCACUCUGUUUAGUUCAAGAGGAGCAUUUCUAGGAUUCUAGUUAUGAAAAUAAUGAAUAAAUUCAUAAAAAUAUAUCAUCUGUAAUAGAGUUUGCAGUGACUUCUUACUUUACUCUUUGACAGUGUGACCUACACAAAAAAUUAAUAAAAUUGAUGUGAUUUGUGAUGCAAAUGCUCAGUGAUUAGAAUCAACAUUUAAAAUUUCCACAACUUUUUUCUUUUGUUUCUGGAAUCAUAAAAGAUUUAUAUCCAGUUACCAAAUAAAUUAUGCUCAUUUACUGUUUAAAACCAACCGAAAAUUAAGCCAAUGAUUAUGUCUGCAAUUAUUUGAUCUUAUCCUGACAAAAAGUUUAAUAAAACAUGCUCAAAAACAGUUAUAUUUAUGUAAUUAACCAUCUUAUGUACAAUAAAAAUGCAAAUAGGCAUAGGAGCAAUCAAAAUAUGUUUUAGUAUUAUGACUUUCCAUCAGCUGGAACAGUUUUCUAAAUAUAAGCAGCGCAAAUGUCCUUCAGUUUUUAUUUUUAAACCACAUUAACUUUAAUCCAAAAGUUUAGGCGAUCUGGACAAUAAUGGAAGCCACUAAUCUCCACCAACUGAGCUAAUAAGAGCUACAUGAUUGCAUCAUUAAAAAUACAAAUUUACUCUGCAUAAAACCAGAAUAUUAGUGUGCAUGUGAAUGCGGUAAGUGUUUAACCUCUUAAGACUCGAGCUAAUAUUUGAGCUAACCCUUUACACACAUAGUGACAGGUAAGCAAAAUAAACUAUAACCCCAAAAUGUGAUGUCCAUGCAUGUGGUCG